AUGGAUCAAAAAUGCGAAAACAAUUUUCGACCUAUUAAAACCCGUUCACUGAAUCGACUCAAGUCAAUCUUUCAGUUUCCGUUUUGUUCAACUGAUAAAGCUUCCAAGAUGAUCACAGAUAGCGACCUGGGAUUCAUUGCCAACUUCCUGGGCAUAUUCAUAUUCGCCCUUGUAAUUGCUUACCAUUAUGUGUUGGCAGACCCCAAGUACGAAGGAAACUAAACCACUAUUAAGACAUGAAAUGUAGUUGUGGAGGUGUUUGUUAUAAGAGUCAAGAGAUUAUGAAUGUAUAUGACAUUAAGAAGG